CUUAACAAAUUAUUAAUUUAUAACAUAACAAUAUUAACAUUAAAAACUUUAGUAUUUUAAUACCUAUGUACCAAUCUUUAAAUUUGGAAAAGAUACCUAAGAAAAAUUGAAGAACUAGAAUCCUAAGUCAUUCCACAUUACCAGCCAAACUAACGACCAGCAUUCAGUUUGUUGGAGGAGCUGAUCUUUUUAUUUAAUUUUUAAAAUUAAAAAUAUGGAAAAAUAAGUAAAAAAGGCAGCUCUUAUAUGUGUGUGUAUCUCUGUAAUCAAACAGAGAAAGAGAGAGAGAGAGAGAGAGAGAGAGAGAGAGAGAGGAAAUGGCGGAGCUAGAGAGCUCAAAUGUGAUGCCGAAGCUGAUCAGUUUCCUCUCAUCUCUCCUUCAGCGCGCGGCGGAGUCGAACGAUCUCAAUCCUUCGUUCGAGGCGCAGAAGAUCUCAGUCUUCCACGGCCUCACGAGGCCGACGAUUUCGAUCGAGACAUAUCUCCAGAGGAUUUUCAAGUACGCCAACUGCAGCUCCUCCUGCUACAUUGUCGCCUACGUCUACCUCGAUCGCUUCGCGCAGCGCCAGCCCGCUCUCUCCCUCAAUUCCUUCAACGUCCACCGAUUGCUCAUCACCAGCGUCAUGCUCUCCGCCAAAUUCAUGGACGACAUGUAUUACAACAAUGCAUAUUAUGCUAAAGUCGGAGGGAUCAGCACAACAGAGAUGAACUUCCUAGAACUGGAUUUCCUGUUUGGUUUGGGAUUCCAUUUGAAUGUAACUCCAUCAACUUUCCACGCAUAUUGCUCCUACCUCCAGAGGGAGAUGGUGAUGCAGCCUGAGCUCAGCAUUGCCGACGAAUCAUCUCUGUACACCGCAAGGUCAUCAAAGCUACUUCAUUUGUGUUUUAAUGAAGAUGAAGCAUCCCAUCAACAGCAACAACAGCAGCUUGCUGUUUAAGGUUUAUUACUGUAGCUUAGGUUAGAGGUUAGUUAUAGUUUAAUCAAGUCA